UGAGGUACCGCCCCUUGGACAAGACUUUAGCAGUGGGUCGACAGAAACUCUCUCUCUCUCUCUCUCUGUCUGUGUGUCAGAGAGUGGCUUGUUUCAGGUUAGUUUAGAAAGUGGAGGAAGUGGGAAAGAGAGAGAGACACUGGCAAUGAAGGUGUGUGCUGUUUAAAAUGAGUGUUUAUUAUAAGUCAGACGAGGAAGAUGAUGUUGCUGCUGUGGUUGCCGAGCCUGAGCCGCAUGUGCUUGAAGUUCUGGUGGAAAAGCCUGGGAGAGAAGCUGCUAAUGUCGAGUGCAAUGGGACCUCAGGCACAGGGCGCAGAGCGGUGCCCAGAAAACACCCCACUAUUACUACUUGCUGUCAUUCUGAGAGAGUCAGAGAUUCAGCUGAGGGAGACACUCCAGCAACAGAGAAGAAGCCCAAAUGUGUGGGACUUGGACUAUGCUAUACCCUGCUUUCCUGUUUGUUCUUUUCAGUCACUUCUUUCUUGGUGAAGAAGGUUGAUGGCGUUCAUGCUCUGGAAAUUAGUGGCAUUCGAUGUUUGUUUCAGUGGUUAUUCACAUGGCCUGCCAUUAUAUACAACGAAAUAGACUUGCUGGGACCAAAGGGCCUGAGAGUUUUACUGGGUGCACGAGGGAUUCUUGGUGCUAUCGCAAUGAUGCUGUUUUUCUAUGCAAUUCAGCAGAUGCCUUUGGCUGAUGCUACUGUCAUCAUGUUUAGUAACCCUGUCUUUGUCAGCAUUUUCGCGUGGAUCUUUCUGAAGGAGCGCUGCACUUUGUGGGAUCCGAUCUUCACUGUGUUCACCUUAAUCGGGGUGAUCUUUAUUGCCCGGCCCCCAUUCCUUUUCGGCUCCCGGGUUUCGGGACUGGAAAGCGACUCCAAGAAUCGGAUGAAGGGGACUGCCGCCGCUUUUGGGGGCGCGAUCUGCGCAGCCCUGACCCUGACGGUCAUCCGCAAAAUGGGUAAAUCCGUCAGCUAUCUGCUUUCGAUCUGGUACUACUCGGUGACUGGAUUCAUUCUGUCCUUGAUUGUGGUCUCAGUCCUUCAGGUAUGGAGCCUACCCUUCUGCGGGUUGGAUCGGUUGUUUUUACUCUUAAUUGGUCUCUGCGGAUUAGGAGGGCAAAUCUUCCUCACCAAAGCCUUGCAGAUUGAGAAGGCUGCAUCCGUGGCCCUGAUGAAGACCAUCGAAGUGAUGCUGGCCUUCCUGUUACAGUAUUUAUUCCUGAGUUACACCCCGAGCUGGUGGAGUUUGGGAGGAGCGCUCUGUGUGAUGCUUGGCACCUCUGGCGUGGCUUUCCAAAAAUGGUACACCACCAUGCACAACAGCAAGACCACGUGCAGUGCCAAUUAACUGUGGCCUAAAUCUAUUUUGAUGUGGAUCUGCUGAGGGAGCAUCACUGAAAUGUAAAUGUAAUCGCUACUAGAGCAUUUAACCAGGUUACUCAAAAAGGACAAGGUUGCUUGGGGAACCCCUUUCUGAAUACUCCAUUAUAGUCCUAUCCUUGACUGAGAUUUUCUCAGGAUGACGCUGCAAUGAAAACAAUUGUUUCAAUUUUGGGUCUUUAUAAUGUUUUUUGCAUAAAUCCAUUAAUGUUUUGGUAAUAUAUUUUAUAAUUCUAACUGAUGAGCAAUUGUGACAAGAAUGUCUAAUCAAUAAUGGUAGAUUUUUAUUUUGUGUUCUGUCUUAAGUUUGGAAAAUUGCUGUCUGUACCCUUUCAGAAUUCAUUUAAGCUGCCUUUGACCUUUUUGUGGAUGUUGCUCAUGGCUCAGUACUAGCUUCACUGCCACUUAAGAGCCUCAGAUCGAGCACCAAUCUCAAGACUGACUUCUAUAUCCUCAGCUGGCCUUUACAGCACAGAGAGUGUGCUGCAUGUUGAAGGUCGCCUCUCUUCACCUGAAGUGAUUAAUUGAGGCCUUGCCUACUCCCUUUUAUGGCUGUAAAAGAUCUUUCAACACUACUGAAAGGAUAGCAGACAAGUUGUCCUGGUGUCACAGUCAACAUUGAGCUGUAAAAGUGCCUGAAUAUCUGGUUGUUUUUAUUUCAAUGUUGCUUGAGAGAACUGACUUCAGUUCAAAAGUGUGCUGUCAGUUGUGAAAAUCUUUGGGAUGUCUGAAAGGCAUUCUAUAAAUUAAGUUAUUUCUCUUAGUAUUCUGAUUUAGAUGUAUGAUGUUCUGUAAUGAGUAUAGAAUUCUGGAUGUACAUUUGCUCGCUGAGCUGGAAGGUUCAUUUUCAGACAUUUCGUCACCAUACUAGGUAACAUCUUCAGUGAGCCUCCAAGUAUAGAUUAUUUAACUUCCAAAUGUUUGAUGGAAGUGAUCCUUAAAAAUGAAUCGAACUUCAGAGCUGGGUGAAAAUUAUUACAGCUGAAGGGUAACCACAUUACAGCCAUUCUGCACAUCUGCAACUAUUAUACAUUGUGUAUAAAUGUAUUGAUUAUUAAACCAAUUAUUAAAGUUGCUAGCCUUUUACAACACAUUCCAAACAGUAAACUGCUGGACACUGUUAAGUUUUCAUUUUCUCUAUGUGGAACAACAAAUAUCACUGUAUGCUAUACUUUAGAGAAAUAAAUAAUCAGGCCACUGGGACGCACAUAGAAAAGCACUAUUGAAUUUGCAAAGAGUAUUUCGCUACUUUUGGCCAGUCCCUGCAACACACUCUUUUGUAGCAAAUACAAAAUGCACACGUGGAAGGUCAAAUUUUAAUAUAUAAUUAAUUGAAUAUAAUUAAUUUGAAUUAUAUUUAUAAUUAACCUGCAACUUAGUACUAUUUAUUUAUUUCUUGUGUUUCAUAGUACAUGAAGCAGAACAGUUUGUUUUGUGAAUUGUAAUAAGGGCAAAAAAAAACUUGAGUAUUGUGCAAUUAUUUUGUUUUCUUCCUCCACUCCCACAGUUUAAAGCUAGCAGAGAUUUGGAGGUGAUGUUGCUGUUUUGGUGUUUAACACGUUAGAUCAAAUUCCUCAUUUUUUAAAAAAAAAUGUGAAUUGUUGAAAAAAAAACUGUUACUUCUACUUAAACUAGCAGUAAGAGAAAUUUGAGUCUGCCUCAUUGUUGCAUAUUAUCUUUGCUUCCAGUAAUUUCCAGGCUCUGGCCCCCUCUCUCCUAAUGUAGCAUCCUGUAGGCUUGUUAAUUUAGAGACAAAACUAGAUAACCAUCCCCAUUUGUGAGAGAGAAGCAGUGCAUGAUGACCCUGAGGAGCAAAGGUCAAGGAUUUGUGUAUUACUAUGGUUUACAGAUGUACUGUUAAAUGUACAGCUGUAUAAAGUAAUAACACUCUCUUCCAUUGUCACAGCAGUAUAUGAGCUAAAUAUGAAUGAUUCGUCUACAGGUGGCUUUUGUUUGACUUGAGCCGAUUAGUGUUACAAGUCAAAACUGCUUUUCAACAAAAAUAUUUUUUGUUAGAAACACGAAUUGUGAAUUUCACAAGGAUUUUUCUUCAAGUCAGUUUUACAGCUCUCAAGCCACUCCCUUUUUAAUCCUUUGAUCUGUCUAUAAUGUUCCCCUCUUCCGUUCCCUGUCACGUAUACCAUUACUGUCUUUCACUGCUACUGAUUGACCACUGGUUUUUAAUUUGUUUCUGUUGCUUCGGUUUUGCCUGGCUGCCUUUUCCACUCCUCCUCCCCCCAAAUUAUUAUGGCAAAGAUGCAUGUGGCUUCGAACAUUGUACUCUCCACCAAUUCUCAGCUCUUGUGCAUAUCCAGUUUUUAAUCAUGUUGCCUUUUAUUGUCAGCUUUCUGGCCUUGAGCUAUGGAAAUCUCAUCUUAAACAUCUUGACAUUUAGUGUUAAAUCCACCUUAAAAAAUUGAGAAAGAGGUAGGGUUUUGGAUCACCUGCCCUAACAUCUCCCUGUGAUUGGGGAUCAGACUUUGUAUGCUAACACUCCUAUGAAGAACCUUGGAAUCUCUGUUAAACAUGCUGUGUAAGUGCAAGUCGUUGUCUUUCUAACCAUCUAAUUAAUUUUCUAUAAAGCUAUUGUAUUGUGAGCUGGAGUAUUGGUAAGGGUUUAUGAAAGAUGUGCAGUGGAGAUUGAAAUGGGGACUGGGGUAACCCUGGAUAAAUGAUUCAGUGUUGCUUACUAUUCUGUUUAUUACUAUCAAAUUUAAUUAAAUGUGGGAGAUGGGUAUAUAGCUGUUAUUUUGUUUCUUUAAUUGAAACUACAUAAAGUCUUUCCAGUGUGAGCAGCUGCACUAGUAAAAACUGUACCCGAUGAUAUGGAUUUACCAUGUGUAGAAUGUCAUUUUGGCCAUUGGCGCAUUUACUCUGGACAAAUCUCUAUACAGUUUGCUCCAGUGACUGACAUGUUUCUUUAUCAUAUAUUAGCUGUAAUUAUUGGGCACUAGCCUUCGCAAAGAAUACAUCACAAACUAAAAUUUACUCCCCUCUUCCUUCAGAAUUUUAAUAGACGUUGUGAUUUGGUCUGCAUGUAAAUCCAUUGCUGAAUUCUGGGAGUCAUUAGUGUCUUCCACAAAUGGUUAAAGCACAGUCACCUACAAAAAUAGAAAUUGCUGGAAAAGCUCAGCGGGUCUGGCAGCACCAGUGGAGAGAAAUCAGUUAACGUUUCCUCAGAUUUAGUCGCCUACAUUGAAGAAAGACUUUUUAAAGGCAAUUGAUAUUUUGGGAAUUCUCAAGAGUAUUUGUCCUAGACCCAAUGAUUUUAGGCUCUUGUCACUACCACUGUUGCUAAACAUGCUUAAUGUGUUGUUCUAAGGUGUGAACCCUUUUCAUUGUUCCUCUGUCCCCCUUGAAUUUUCUCUCUCAGUUCAUUACCACAAGUUCGCUGUCCUUUUUGCUUCUCAAUAUUUUUCUACUUCCUAGUUCCUCCUUGAUGAUAAAUAGCUCUAUUACCACAUUGCUAUAAACCUGUGACGGCUAAGCGCACAUGUAAAAAAACAUCAAUUUAAAUUGAGGAUUUGGUGACUGACCUUUUGCUGCAAAAUUACUGAACUAUUUCUUGUAUUUAAACAUUUUCCUCUGAAUGAUGAAUAAACUAAGUUUUUUGAUUAUAAUAGUGGUAGGAGCCUGCUGCUCUCACUUAUAUAAUCAGUUGGACUUUUCAGUUCAGUCAAUGGAGAGAAAAUUCAGGUUGGGUUUUUAUUGGAUGAAUGGUCUGUGUGAAUAUGUGAUUUGUUUUGUCCAUGUGGUACUGGUCACAUGGCCAGCACAGACUAACCAGAGGCAGAAGGAAAUGAUGCGGCCACAUUUUUGGACAGUGAUAAACAGAAGAUGGUCAGGAAUAAAUCCACCAAAGAAUUUGGAAGAACCUAGUUUAUGUAAAGAAUAGUAGAAUAUGGAGAAUGCUAUAAGGGGUUCUUGAGGGGAGUAGUGUAGAAGCAUUUAAAGAAAAGCUGAUAACCAUAAGAGGAAGAAACAUGGAAGGUUCCACUAAGAGGGGAGGCUCCUGCGCAACGUAAAGGCCAGGAUAGACCAGAUGGACUGAAUGGCCUCUUCCUGCGCUGCAAAUUCAAUGCACUAUCUGCAAUCACUUAGACAACCUUAUAAAACUUUUGUUCACUAAGAAGAUGACAUGAAGAAUGAGGGUUUGAUGGGAAAAAUAGGGAAAGGUGUGUCCUAUCGGAGUACAUUGUUCAGUCAGGAUCCAUGAAGAUGUGGAGCCUGAGGCUAGGAUUGGGGAAGUGAACGGAGUAGCCCAUAUUGUGGCUCCAUGGUGUGUUGUGGUAUGAUAGGCCUGUGCUGAUCAUCCAACUGAAUGCCAUGGUAAUCGUCCAAAUUGUGGAAAACUUUUAUCAUCAAAUAUUCACUACAAGUUUGCAAUUUUACACCAAACUUUUAAUAAUAUUCUUAGUCAUGACAUUAGUUAUUUUCAAGUAUUUUCAAAACUUUUUAAAAUAUAUAUUUUCAAAUAAUGUUUUGAGGAAAAUGUGAUAUUUUUCUUAAUCUACUUUGUCAGAAGAUUCUAUAUUUGAAUUAGAUUUCUCAUAUUGAAAUAUUUGUUUCUAAUUAUUGGGCAUAAAUACCUUUAAUAAAAUGUUUGU